AUGACUUCCCUCACAACUCACGCCUGUCUAUUGGUGGCUACCCUGGUGCUGAUGUGCGCAUGCGCACUGGCCAUUGACCCCGGCACGGCAACUGGUUGCUACGUGCACAACGCAAUGAGGCACACAGUCGAGAAAGAUGGCUGCCGACCCUACGAGAUCACCGUGAGUGGAUGCUGGGGUCGAUGUGCCACAAUUGAGGUUCCGGCACUCGAACCCCCAUUUGUGACUGCCUCCCACCCCGUGUGCGGCUUCACCUCCUACGAAGAGAGACACGUCCAGUUACCAGACUGUGACCCCGGGGUAGACCCCACCUACACCUACCAGAAUGCCCGCCGGUGCGAGUGCUCAACCAUAGAUUCCAGCAACACCAUGUACAGCUACAGACCCGACUAUUUCGUGUCCAAGAAGUAAAUGAAGACCUCCCAACAAUUUGGAUGAGAGCAUGAUAUUAAAAGUGCAUUUUAUGGUGUAAAUUAGUUUGGACAGGAAAUUGACCUUUUUACCAUGAUUCUUCAAUUGGAAUGUCCGGGCUGCGAUUUGUUUUCCUCAAACG